UGACAGAUGGGGAUGGACAAAGUGAACAUUUAUUACCAGUCUGCGAAGAUACAGCAUGUCAAAAAAGUGCCAUCUACUUAACUAAGCUAGGAUUGGAUCAGUGGAUUCCAGUCUUACAAGACUUCAGAAAUAAAGAUACACUCUGGGGCUUUGUACCAAAUCAAAAUGACAAAACUUCAAUGGAAAUUUCAUUUCCAAUUACGCUUCAUAUUGGAGAUUACAAUAUGGAUGGCUACCCAGAUGCUCUUGCUAUACUACAGAACACAUCUGGAAGCAAUCAACAAGCAUUUUUACUAGAAAAUGUCCCAUGCAAUAAUGUAAGCUGCAAGAGUGUACGUCGCAUGUUUAAAGUUUUUUGGGAGCUCUCAGAUCUAAAUCAAAUCAAGGAUGCAGUGGUAGCAACCUUCUUUGACAUAUACGAAGACGGAAUCUUGGAUAUCAUUGUGCUAAGCAAAGGCUACUCCAAAAAGGACUUUGCUAUCCAUACAUUAAAAAAUAACUUUGAAGCAGAUGCCUAUUUUGUUAAAGUUAUUGUUCUCAGUGGCCUCUGUUCUAAUGACUGUCCUCGGAAAAUAACACCUUUCGGUGUUAACCAGCCCGGUCCUUACAUCAAGUACACUACUGUAGAUGCAAAUGGAUACCUGAAAAAUGGGUCAGCUGGACAGCUUAGCCAGUCAGCACAUUUUGCCCUCCAGUUGCCAUACAACGUGCUGGGCUUGGGACGUAGUGCUAAUUUCCUCGACCACUUGUACGUUGGCAUUCCUCGUCCUUUAGGAGAAAAGUCCAUAAGAAGACAAGAAUGGACAGCUAUCAUACCAAACUCCCAGCUUAUAGUCAUUCCCUAUCCUCAUAAUGUUCCUCGAAGCUGGAGUGCCAAGCUUUAUCUGACCCCAAGUAACAUCGUGCUGCUAACAGCUAUAGCCUUAAUUGGUGUCUGUGUUUUCAUCCUGGCAAUAAUUGGCAUAUUACACUGGCAAGAAAAGAAAGCUGAUGACAGAGAGAAGCGACAGGAGGCUCAUCGGUUCCAUUUUGAUGCUAUGUGACAUGCCUUAAUAUUUAUGAAGGAGCUGCUACUCAUUUGCUUAAUUGAAAUACUAAAUUCUGAUUUGUAAAAUGAUUACCGUGAAAGUACUGCUGGUGUGCUAUUUGUAAAUGUUGCGUUAUUUGGUAUUUAUUUGGGAAGUAUUAAAAUUAGACCUGAAUGUCUCACAAGGCCUUUCGGUUAACAGACUGUAUAUAAUAGCAUUUGAUCUUUAUUUAACAGAACUGUAAAUUUAUUUUUCUUCAUAAAGGGAUCAAAUUGCAUGUACCAUUGUUUAUGUACCACCAAUUCUUUAGUAAUAUUUAAUAGAAGGAAAGCUGUGUAAAUAAAGUUUAGCAUUUCAGUGAGCAGAAUUCUUUGUACCACUUGAAUUGGUCUUGUCAUUUAUAUAUUCCUGUGAAAUAACCUGCAUUUCUGAAAAUUAAGCUUGAGCAAUUUCUCAGAUGACUUGAUCAUUAAUUAUUUUGAUUGUACUAAAGGUGCUCAACC